CCCCGCUGUGUCUCAUUCCACUCAUUCAUCCCUCGUUCUGCCAGCUGCAAGGCAGCGAGCGUGGCUGAAGGACACAAGGCUCCGCUCGCACUUGGCGGAGGGACUUUGAGAGCUCGAUCCGACAUGGGGGGCUAGACACCGUCGGCGUUGCUCUUCUUCCUCUCGGGUCCACUCUUUGAAUGUCACCUCUGGAAGGAUGCUCGGAUGGAGCGCUACCACGUCUCCUCAAUCGCCCGCUCAGGACGGCAUGAAGGACUCGGAAAGGGGGAGUAAGUCAGGCAGCUUCCUCUUUCCGAGCUGAUACCUCAGGUCUCAUCUUCUUGUGCACUUCUUGGACGUCUUGACUCCGUCCGUCACCGGGUCGGACAGGAGGACAGUUGACAGUCGAGAUUGAAGGAUUCCGCAAUUGGGCGAAUGCUGGAGGCAAACUUCCCCCGGAGGUCAAGGAGACAGGCUGGACUGGAGUGGAACUGAUGGAUUGGUUUAGAUAAGAACAUGGCCUGCCCAAACAAAAGAAGGCAAACGAAUCCAUUCGAGGCUCGCCAGAUCGGGAUCUUCAACAAGCCUCCGUUUCAGUUGUGUGCUUUUUGAGGUUGUGCCUCUUCUUGCCUUUCACCCAUUUCCCUCCAGCUCAUCAGCUCGAGACAACCGUAGCGCUGCCCCGUCGCCCUGGGUGAACGGGCAGGGGGGUGGCCCACGGUACCCCCCAUCACCCGGGCGCCACCAGGCCGCCAGCGGGGCCUGCGCUGGCAAGAUGGCCGCCCUUGCCAGCUCCCUCAUUCGACAGCGUCGGGAGGUCAAGGACCCCCAGACCAACCGUCAGAUUGCCAGCAAGCGAAAGCCGUGCCCGAAAAGCAACAAGUCGCUUUGCCAGAAGCAAAUCCUCAUUUUGAUAUCCAAGGUCCGAUUAUGCGGCAGUCGAGGGAGGAAAAUGGAAAAAAGACCAGAGCCGCAGCUGAAGGGCAUCGUCACGCGGCUCUACUGCCGACACGGCUUCUACCUUCAAAUGCUGCCGAACGGCACCAUGGAAGGCACAAAGGACGAAAGCAGCUCCUUCUUGCAGUUCAACUUGAUUCCUGUGGGCCUCCGCAUCGUGGCCAUCCAAAGCACCAAGACGGGGCUCUACGUGGCCAUGAACAGCGAGGGCUACCUCUACACUUCGGAACACUUCACGCCAGAGUGCAAGUUCAAAGAAUGCGUGUUCGAGAACUACUACGUCACCUACUCGUCCAUCCUGUACAGACAGACGCAAUCGGGUCGGGCCUGGUACAUCGGCAUCAACCGGGACGGGCAGGUCAUGAAGGGAAAUCGCGUCAAGAAGACCAAGGGCGCCGCACAUUUUCUACCCAAACUCAUUGAAGUGGCCAUGUACAGAGAGCCGUCUCUACACGACGUCGCCGAGCAGAGUCCGCCUAGGAAAACGCCCAAGACCUCCAAUGACUCGCCUGUGCACCAUAACGACAAGAAAGACCCUCAAAGCAAAACCAAAACCUCGUCGUCCUAGCGCUGAAAGAAAAGAGGACGGGAUCGAGGGGGACCCCUGGGGGACGCCUAAACAGAGUUGGACACUGAGGAAAAUAACCUCCCCGUCGACCUUCACGUCCUAACCUCUGUGUGACUACAAUAUGGGAAGCAAUAACUCCAACAAGAGGUGUGCCCUUCUUGCCAUAAGCGCCGUCUCACCCCCACCCCCACCCCCCAGUCGGUCCAGCAGCUGAGCAAAAAGUCUUCCUGGCAUUUACCAUCACGGGUGCAAUGGUGGAAUGCUGUUUUAAUUUGAUUGCUUCGAUCAACGUCUUCCAUGCUUGUCAGCAACUUUUUAAGAAGCCCUGUGUGUGCGUGUGUGUGUAUCUUCCAUCCACAACUGGUGUGAUUUGAUGAGUUUGUGACUUGUACUCAAUUUUUCACUUUUUAUGAUGUUGAUCACAACCUCCCAAAAACACACACAUGAAAUGAAUAGCCCCCUAAAUAAUAGCCAUCAAUCCGCUAUUGUGUAAAAAAUACAAAAACAGCAAUAAUUAAUUCCAUCUUUACACAAGUAAAUAUCUUCUCACUUUUAAGCAAAGGGAGACUGAAUAUAAGGAGAGAAAAGUUGUGAUGAACUGAACCCAUUUAAUAAUUCCAUAAUUGUUACAUUUGUUCCAAGCCGGUAAUUGUUAAAACACCGCUUUCACACCGGGCGGAAGUGCUUAAGACCUUAAUUAAAUCGCUAAAUAGACCUUCAGGUUGCCAUGUUUGACCAGUCAUCCCCUAUGGAUCACUAAGUCCAUUAAAUGUUUGACUAUUCUUCACAAAGUAAUUACACAAAUGUUUAAUUAAACGGGCCCGCUGCGAGAACAGAAUUAAGACUAUGAGAUACGGAGAUUGGAGAUACUGCUUGGGUGGAGGUGCGGAAGAUUUAACUGUGAAAAAAAAGAAUCUUUGGUAACUACUUCAUUCUAAGGGCUGGGACAUUUCUAUAUUGCAAUAUUAUUUAAAAAAAAGAAGAAGAGGGGUAAAUCAAGAGGCAAGAAUCGUAGCUAAAACGUUACCUCUGGGUUUUGAUGCCAAAAAAAGUAUACAGUGGUGCCUUGAGAAACAAUUGACUCGAUUUACAGCCUACUUGUCAGAUAGAAUAAGUAAAAAGUCUUGGGAGAAA